AUGCCAAAGGCAGAGUGUGUGCUGUCAUCAAGACGAAGCGGUGUCCUUGCUUUUACGGGCUGGAGCCGAAAUACUGCGCAGGGGCCUGAGCCACGGGCAUACGCUGUGACUUCUGCAAGAAGUCCAGCUGACCCUCAAUCUGUUGUUAACCCGAUUCGGAGUCUGUACACGACGGCAGCAAGUCUUGGUACCUCAAGAUAA